AUGGCGAGCUCUCACAUUUGUUCCUGUGUGGGUAAUUUACGACCACGGUAUAAGCGAUUAGUUGAUAAUAUAUAUCCAGCUGACCCACGUCAAGGCUUAGUGAAAGCAAACAUGGACAAGCUAAUAUUUUACGCCCUUUCUUCGCCUGAAAAAUUGGAUAGAAUUGGUUCCUAUUUGGCCAAGAAAUUAAACAAUGACGUGGAACGUAGAAGGUUGGGGUUCGUUUUUAUCACCGUGGAAGCCCUUGAUCAGCUUCUAUUGGCUUGUCAUGCCCCUAAUUUAAACUUAUUCGUAGAAAGUUUUCUGAAAAUGGUACAGAAACUACUUGAAAGCCCAGAGGCCCAACUACAAGUUCUUGGUAGCACCUCCUUCGUAAAGUUUGCAAAUAUUGAGGAAGACACCCCAUCCUAUCAUCGACGCUACGAUUUUUUCGUCUCUAAAUUUAGUUCGAUGUGCUGGUUUAGCUCUGGAAAUGAACGAGAUUGCUUCAGGAUUCGUUUGGCUGGGUUAAAGGGAUUACAAGGCGUUGUACGGAAAACUGUGUCGGAUGACCUUCAAGCCAACAUCAUGGAUGAUACUCAUAUGACUAAGAUUGUUCCGUCUUUGUUGUUCGUGAUGGAAGAGAGCAGUAAGGGCAAAAGUUCAAGUGAGCAACAGUUUCAGGCCUCCACCACUGAAGAGGAUCCAGCUUCUUUAGCAGAAUCAUGCCUCAGAGAAUUAAUUAACAGAGCAAGUUAUGGAAAUAUUAAAUCAAUUGUGAAUCCAGUGUUAACUCACUUUGAUAAGAGCGAGCUUUGGGUACCCAAUGAGUUUGCACUCAAAGUUUUCAAGAUCAUUUUGUACUCAGUACAAAAUCAGUUUAACUACAUCGUCAUUGAGAAUCUUCUGUCACAUCUGGAUAAUCAUAUUAGAGACAAGGCAAAAGUGAAAGCCAGUAUUGUGCAAGUUUUAGCAGCUUGUGUUAAAAUUGCAAGCAACAGUUCCAUAGGUCCAGCAGUGCUGGAAGUUUUCAACACCCUUCUUCGUCACUUACGGUCCUCUGUUGACUCUCACAGCGAUGGUGAUGAUGAUGAUGAUGAUGAGAGAGAAUUUGAAGAGUCUUUGGUCAGUACUGUUGGAGCAUUUGCUGCAGUCCUGCCUGACUUUCAGAAAACUGAUAUAAUGAUGUUCAUAAUGGGAAAAUUUCCCUUGCCAGAUAGAAGACAUGAAAGUAAGCAGUAUGUCAAAAGAGAAAAUCACAAGCAUGCCAAUAUUGCAGAAGGGGAUGGUGCGCUACAGAAAAUGCUUCUCCAAUGUCUUCUUAGUGUUGCACAGAGCUUCAACUCCAUCUCCCUGGCAACUACCUUUUCUCCAACAUUUCUGGAAUCUCUACUUCAAGCAACCAUUGUUGAAGACCCAACUGUGAGAAGACUGGCUCAUGAGAUUCUUUACACGCUGUUUGAUCGUCAUGAAAACAUUCACAAACUUGGUGCAAAUGGCAUCCUGAAAAGAAGCAAGAAGAUUGACUUAACCACUGAACAGUGCUCAAAACAGGAACUCCUUUUCCUCAGAAAGAACAAGGAUGAAAUACUGUGGUAUUUGUUUGAAAGUGCCUGCAUGCUUUCAAAUUCAGUAGAUAAUAUUCUAGCCAUCUAUUUAACCAUGGGUGUUAUUACUACAGAGGUUGCAGAUGACCUUGAACUGAUUUCCAGUGUGGUACAGAUGACAUUUGGAUUGCAGAAAGUUGCAUUAGAUGAUGACUUGGUGUUACCAAGUAUGAUACGUUGUGCACUUCAUGCACUUGUGGCAGGUUAUCUCAGUGUGGUUGCUCAGCUGACAGGAAAUCAGGUUCUCAAAGAUUAUAUUUCACUCAUCAUCCAUCUGAGAGAGAAGGAAGCUGACUUUUUGACUCCAGAAAGAGCUUUGAAACCUGCAGCCAAUUCCCUUGUGAUUUCAGCCAACAGCAUUCCUAAACAUCUUCUGUUUGAUAUUUCAAACAUUACAGAGGCUUUUCCUGUGAUGGCAGAUAAUGGUAGAUUACUGAAGACACCGUACAAACACCAACCCCUAAAAGGGGUUUUAAAUGAUCAGUUUGAAAAUGAAUCGGUGGUAUCCAAUAUCAACAGUGAACUUGAUGCAAACCCUCCUGGAAUUCAACCAUUAACACCAAAGGAGAGGAUAACAUUUCAAAUGCUGAAAGAUGUUGUGUCAGAAAAAUCAUCAAGAGUUGUAAAGGAGAGAGGUAAAGAUGCCAAUUAUUUUGUUUCAAGUUUUAGUGAAAUUGCUGAUGAUGCAAGUGCCAGAACACUAGAAUUCAAUUCCAAAGUACUAACUGUACUGGAUUCACUUAGCACUCCACUUCAAAGUAGAGCUCUUAGUAUAUCAACACAGAGCUUGUCUUCAAAUCCUGUUGAAGAAAGCUAUAUUAUGAAGUUUCCUGGACAGUAUGUUUAUUAA